CGGUAGGAGCGCGCGACAGAGCAGGGUGCACAGCAACAGAAGCGGAGCUGCGCCUUUUCUCGCUCAGAUUUCCACAGACACACACUCACACACACACGGACGACGCUCGUGGAUGUAUGCAACAGAUCCGUCUCCGACAACAAAACAGCAUUGAACAGAAGGUUUUUUCCCUGCUUUACUGGAGCAAGAAAGAGAAUUAUCUGGCAUUUCAUCUUGGUUUGUGAUAUUUUGAUCAUCUGUUUGAUCACUCGACUUCUCGCCAACGGUGACUUGUUAGGAUGAUUUAACAUGACAGACUUUUAAGAAGCCAUCUCUUUUCCUUUUACCCUAGUCAGUGGAAGAAUAGCCCCACUCCGGGUGCUAAAGAUGGGGGCGAAAAUGAACACAACCAAAGGGAAUAUAUUUUCCACCGCACUAUUGAAACUUAUAUUUUUGGUUGCCUUCAUGCACGGUGCAUCUGGGAAGACUUUGAAAUACAAAGUUUACGAGGAGCAGAAAGUGGGAACAGUAAUUGCAAGGCUUAAAGAAGACGUAGCGGGUGUUUUGUCUAAGUUACCGAGUUCAUUGUCCUUUCGGUUCCGUGCUAUGCAACGGGGGAGUACACCGUUUCUGUCGGUUCGGGAGGAGGACGGUGAGAUCACCAUUGGCACCAAGAUUGACCGAGAAAAGCUUUGUGAGAAAAACCUAAACUGCUCUAUCGAAUUCGAUGUUGUUACUCUUCCCACCGAAUACCUUCAGCUUUUCCACGUUGAAGUAGAGGUCUUGGACAUCAACGAUAACUCCCCACAGUUCUCCCGUGCCAUUAUCCCCAUUGACAUUUCUGAGAGCGCGGCCGUGGGCACGCGCACCCCGUUGGACAGUGCUACGGACCCAGACGUGGGAGAAAACUCCCUUCAUACGUACUCUCUGACCCCUAAUAACUUUUUCAAAAUUGAAGUAAGAACUAGAACGGAUGGUGCCAAAUACGCAGAGCUCGUGGUCAUGAGAGAAUUGGACCGUGAGUUGCAGUCCAACUACCAGCUCCAGCUUACGGCCUCAGACAACGGUAUCCCCCCGAAGUCGGGCUCCACUCUACUGAAGAUAACCAUAUCCGACUCCAAUGACAACAGCCCUGCGUUUGAUGAGCAGGCAUAUGUUAUUGAUCUUCUGGAAAACUCUCCACUGGGGACCCUGAUAAUUGACUUGAACGCGACAGAUCCGGAUGAAGGCACAAACGGUAAAAUCGUUUAUUCUUUUAGCAGCCACGUCUCUCCCAAAAUACUGGAAACAUUUAAAAUUAACCCAGAAAAUGGCCACAUCACUCUAAUUAAAAAGGUAGACUAUGAAAGCACGUCAUCUUAUGAGCUGGAUGUGCAAGCUCAAGAUCUGGGUCCUAACUCUAUCCCAGGACUUUGUAAAAUCGUCAUCAAAGUGGUGGACGUGAACGACAACAAACCCGAGAUUAACAUCAACCUGAUGACUCCCGGUAAAGAGGAGGUGGCCUACAUUUCGGAGGGCGCACCGGUGGACACAUUCAUAGCGCUGGUGCGCGUGGACGACAGUGACGCAGGGCUGAACGGUGACGUGGUGUGCCGCCUUCACGGCCACGGCCACUUCCGGCUCCAGAAAACCUACGAGAAGAACUACAUGAUCUUGACCAAUGUGUCUCUGGACCGUGAGAAGCGGUCAGAGUACAGCUUGACCGUCAUAGCGGAGGACCGAGGUUCCCCCAGUCUCUCAACCAUCAAACACUUCAUAGUCCAGGUUCUGGACGAGAACGACAAUCCUCCUCAAUUCGAGAAGAGCCGCUACGAGGUGUUCAAGUCGGAGAACAAUUCCCCCGGCGCUUACCUGAUGACCGUGGUGGCGUCCGACCCCGACCUGGGCACCAACGGCCAGGUGACCUACGCGGUGGUGGAGGCCCUGGUCCAGGGGAGUCCCAUCUCCACCUACGUCACCAUCGACCCGUCCAACGGCGCCGUCUACGCCCUGCGCAGCUUCGACCACGAGGACGUCAGCCGCAUCGCCUUCACGGUGCAGGCCCGCGACGGCGGCAACCCCGCCCUCUCCUCCAACGCCACGGUGCUCCUCACCGUGCUCGACGACAACGACAACCCGCCCGUCGUCCACGCCCCGCCCCUCCGCAACCACACGGCCGAGCUGCCCGUCUGGAAGCACGCCUCCGCCGGCCAGCUGGUGACCGUGGUCAAGGCCACGGACCGCGACUCGGGCGCCAACGGUGAGCUGAGCUGCGCCAUCGUCGGGGGCAACGAGGACGGGCUGUUUGUGAUGGACGCGCGGCGCUGCGAGCUGAGGACCAAUGGGAGCCUGGAGGCGGCGCCGCGGGACGUGAUGGAGAUCAGGGUGGAGGUGACCGACCGCGGCACCAGCCGUCUCUCCACGGCGGCCCUGUUCCGGCUCUCCCUGAAGGAGACCAUGGACACCAUGCCGCCCCCACCCACAGGCCCCAGCCAGCCACCCCUGGACCUCUCCCUCAUCAUCAUCAUCUCCCUAGGUGCCGUCUGCGCCCUGCUUCUGGUCGUCAUGGUGAUGUUUGCCACGGCGCGCUGUAACCGGGAGAAGAAGGACCCGCGCCACUCGUACAACUGCCGCGUGGCCGAAAACACCUAUCAGAACCACCCCAAGAAGCCCUCGCGCCAAAUCCACAAGGGGGACAUCAGCCUGGUGCCAACCGUCAACGGUACUCUGCCAGUACGGGCUCACCCGCGCUCGCCGUCCGCCUCGCCCGCCCCCGAGAGGGGCACCAUGGGGAGCCGGCAGAGCCACCACAGCCGCCAAUCGCUCAACAGCCUGGUGACCAUCUCCUCCAAUCACGUGCCAGAUAACUUUGCCCUGGAAUUGGCGCAUGCCACACCCCCAGUCGAGCAAGUCUCACAGCUUCUGUCAAUGCUCCAUCAGGGCCAGUACCAACCCAGACCCAGUUUCCGCGGCAACAAAUACACAAGGAGCUACAGGUAUGCUCUGAACGACAUGGACAAGUUCAGUCUGAAGGACAGCGGUCGAGGGGAUAGCGAGGCUGGGGACAGUGACUACGAGGCUGGCCGAGAGUCACCCAUCGACAGGCUCCUGGGUGAGGCCUUUAUUGAGCUUUACCCCCCUGAGGCCCAGGGCCAGCACAGACCGCAUGCAGCUAUGAGACUGUGCACCGAGGAGUGUCGCGUCCUGGGCCACUCCGACCAGUGCUGGAUGCCCCCCCUGGCCUCCCCAGCCUCGGCCUCCUCCGACUACCGCAGCAACCUCUUCAUCCCUGGCGAGGACCCAGGGCAGGCCAGCGACCCCCAGGAGCCCCCCCAGACCGCCGAGCCCGCCCAGCGCAGCCAGAGCUUCUCCACCUUCGGCAAGGACGCCAACGGGGGCGAGGGCGAGGAGGGCGGGGACGAGGAGGGGGGGGGCGAGGACCUGUGCGGGACCACCUCCCUGCUGUCGGAGAUGAGCAGCGUGUUCCAGAGGCUCCUCCCCCAGUCCCUGGACUCCUACGCCCAGGUCAGUGAGACCCAGAAGGGCGGCGGCGGAGGUGUGGGCGUUCCGCUGGGCGGAUCCCUGGAUCGGAGGCGAGGCCACCUGCCGGGGAAGCCCAGCGCCUCCGCCCACCAGCAGGGCGUGGCGGCCUGGGCGGCCAACACACACUUCCAGAACCCCGGCAGCAGCAUCGGGCCGGCGGGCCAGAACGGCUACCACACCCUCAAAGCCAGCACCAAGCUCAGCAGCCAGAACAACCACCCCUCGGCCCCCAAGAACAGCCCUCAGAACAGCCACAGUCACAACCAGACCCCCAAGAACAGCCCCCUGCUGACCGCCAUGGUCAGCCCCACCAUGGUGGUUCCCGCUGCAGCCCCGGUCCCCGUGCAGGUCCCCCUCCCCGGCCCCUCCUGUAAGUGGCUGCCCGCCAUGGAGGAGAUCCCCGAGAACUAUGAGGAGGACGAGUUUGACUCGGUGCUGGGGCAGCUGGGACAGCUGCAGGGCAAACGCAGCGACAGCCACCACGAGCUGAUGGACGCCAGCGAGCUGGUGGCCGAGAUCAACAAACUGUUACAGGAUGUGCGGCAGAGCUAGAACUUCCUGUUAGCCUUCGACCCCUCUAACGCUGACCUCUUAACUUCCUGUCUCUGAGGAGCCCUGCCAUAUUUAUGGAGGCAGAGAGUGGAGGAGUCUGGGUAGCAGAAAAAAAAAGAUGAAAGAUGGAAAUGAAGGACAAACACAGACCUGCAAUUGUCGUUAAAGUUGCAAUUCUAACGUAAAUGUGUUUUGUGAAUGCUAAAUAUCCAAAUAAUGUUUGUACUUUCUGGUUUGGUACACAAUGUACACUAUGUGACUGUAUUUAUCUUUGUAUUUUAAAAAUACAUUUGUAUUCUUAUAUUUAUAAAAAAAAAAUGUAUAUAAACCGAAAACAAUCAGAAGUCUAUUUUUAUAUUUCAAAUGCAUGUUAAGUACAAAAAAUAAUCAAGAUUUUGACAUGCAAUUUGAAAAUCUGCAUAUUUAAACUUGUCUUUUGUAUUGUAUUGUGAAACAUUGUUUUUAUUGUCACUAUUAUUAUUAUUAUUAUUACAGUAAUAUUAUUAUAUGUAUACAUGGAUAUAUUAAUUAUUGGACAGAAGUUUUGUGGGGUAUUGUGGGGAAUUGGGGAGA